UAUUGAAGGUAUAUUAAAACCUUAUGCAUAAAUUUGAUUGAAAAUAUUAUCGCGAAUAUCACCGCAGCGAAGAGAGAGAAUAAUUGGGUUGAAUUGAAAACGGUGGAAUAAAACUUUGUAUAAAGCAAAAAAUUUCAAAACCCCCUUCUUCCUAUCGCUUUCUUGCUCUUCCUUCCUCAUCGAUGUAUUAAUUCUUCUUCUUGUUAUUUUUUUUUCUCAGUCUAAGUGUGAGAAGCUUCUUGAGCUUCAGUUUCCCAAUUUCACUUGCCCGAAUAAAAAAUAUAUACAGAAAUAAAAAUAUCAUCAAUUCAAUUCAUUCAUUGUUUCUGCAAAUUCCGAUGGCUGAAAAUUCCAAGGAAGAUUUUCUGCAGUUGAUCAAGCGAGUCGGGGCUUUCCUGACCGUCAAGAUUUCGAAUUUACUCCGCCGCCUGGAUUCACGAUCUUUUGGGGCUGUAGCAGGGCUAGCGUUAGCAAUAAUUUUUACUUGGAGACUAUUAAGAACACCUAGAGGACCACAACGAAGGCAACCUAAAAGGCAGGCAUCAUCAGCUAGUAGUUCUGGUGUUAGUAGUCAUGCAAGUGCAAAUGCCGGGUCGUCUGAGGUUUUCACUCCUCCAGAAGAUCCCACAACCCAAAAUGUUAUUGAUGAGUUCUUUCAGCCUUUGAAGCCAACUCUCAGCCAAAUAGUGAGGCAAAGGUUGAACGAAGGAAGAAAGGUAACAUGUCGUUUGCUUGGUGUAAUCCUUGAAGAAAGCAGUCCAGAAGAGCUUCAGAAGCAAGCAACCGUCAGAUCAUCAGUUCUGGAGGUGCUGCUUGAGAUCACGAAAUUUUGCGAUCUUUAUCUCAUGGAAAGAGUGCUGGAUGACGAAAGUGAAAAGAACGUUCUUGUAGCUUUGGAAAAUGCUGGGGUUUUUACAUCAAGUGGCUUAGUCAAAGAUAAGGUUCUUUUCUGUAGCACUGAGAUUGGACGGACGUCGUUUGUGAGACAACUCGAACCAGAUUGGCAUAUAGACUCGAAUCCGGAAAUCACUACCCAGUUAGCUAGGUUCAUCAAGUCCCAACUUCACGUAUCCCCCGUGCAGCUCGAACGACCCGCUGCCAACGUAUUCACGACCCCGUCGUUGGAACAAUUCUUUGCUUGAGUGAUGAUGUGCACUAGUAAGGUAAAACAUAGUUUCUUGCUCAUUUUUACAUUUGUUGUUAGCUUUGGCUUCACCUUCAACUUCAGAUUGUACCUUUCGCUCCAACUCUAGUUCAUCAAUGUACUUUAUAAAUAAUGCAUGAGAAUUGAGAAAAA